AUGGCAGAGAAGAAAGUUUCCGGAACACUUCUUCAUUAUGGAGAUUUCAUCGUCAUUAUCAUCUAUUUUGUCUUCAUCCUCUUCGUUGGAUUAUGGACCUCGAGGAAGAACCGCGGCAGUGCGGGUGGAUACUUCUUGGCUGGACGUAACAUGCAUUUCGUCCUGACUGGAGCGUCUCUCUUCGCAAGUAACAUAGGGAGUAUACACUUUGUAGGACUUGCUGGUUCCGGUGCAGCUUCAGGCAUAGCUAUAGGUUUAUACGAACUCAAUGCCCUGUACAUCAUGCUGCUCCUUGGGUAUAUCUUCCUGCCGGUAUAUAUAGCCUCAGGAGUUUACACCAUGCCAGAAUACCUCCAACGUAGAUUUGGAGGUCAGAGGAUACAAAUUUCCCUUGCAGUGCUCGCCUUGCUUGUUUAUAUAUUCACCAAGAUAUCUGCCGACCUGUAUGCUGGUGCCAUCUUCAUCGAACAGUCACUCAAAUGGGACAUCUAUUGGUCGAUCUUGCUCCUGCUAGGUGUGGCGGCAAUAUUCACCAUCACAGGAGGGCUGACAGCCGUGAUGUGGACAGACUUCGUACAAACCAUCAUCAUGAUCAUCGGUGCAACAGUCCUUAUGAUCCUUAGUUUUGUGGAGGUCGGUGGCUUCAGCGGUAUGGUUGACAAGUAUCCGUAUUCCAUAGCUAAUAAUUCAUUAAACAACAACUCGACGUGUGGAAAACCACGUGAUGAUUACAUGCACUUAUUCCGCAAUCCGACAACAGGAGAUCUACCUUGGCCGGGGAUAAUCGGUCUGUCAAUCAAUUCCAUAUGGUACUGGUGUUCGGAUCAGGUUAUUGUACAAAGAGCGCUAGCUGCUAAGUCAUUCGACCACGCCAAAGCCGGGACCAUAUUCUGCGGAUUUCUGAAGGUGCUUCCUCUAUUUCUGUUUGUGUUCCCGGGAAUGAUUGCUCGAAUCCUUUUCCCGGAUACGGUCGCCUGUGCUGAUACCGAAACAUGUGUAGAAGUGUGCGGCAGUACCACAGGCUGCAGCAAUAUAGCGUAUCCUUCACUCGUCAUCAAUCUCAUGCCACCAGGAGCGCGCGGAAUGAUGCUGGCUGUGAUGUUAGCUGGUCUGAUGUCUUCGCUAACCUCAAUAUUUAACAGUAGCAGCACUAUUUUCGCCAUGGAUAUCUGGACCAAGAUACGGAAGUCCGCUUCAGAACUUGAGAUUAUGAUUAUCGGCAGGGUGUCCGUUCUCUUGUUGGUGGUCAUCAGUAUUAUCUGGGUCCCCGUCAUACGGGCUUCUGAGGGCAGUGAACUCUUUGUGUACAUACAAGAAGUGUCCAGCUUUACCCAGCCUCCGAUCUGUUGUAUCUUCCUGCUCGGCUUAUUCUGGUCUCGGCUCAAUGAAAAGGGCGCUUUUUUCGGUCUCCUUGUUGGCAUGUUGAUGGGUAUGGUACGAUUCAUCGUGCAGUACUCAUACACCACUCCAAAAUGUGGAGAUCCUGGACCCGAUCCUCGGCCUGGUGUUAUCAAGGACUUCCACUACCUUUACUUCUCCUGCUUUUUGUUUGGACUCACUGGUGCUACAGCCGUGGUCGUCAGUUUACUUACCAAACCUAUACCUAGCGACUGUCUGCAUCGUCUCACUUUCUGGACAAGACACAGCAAGAAAAAGCGUCUAGACAUUGCUAUAUGGGAGAGGCAAAAAGAUGAUAAACAUUCAAACAACAGGGACGAGAUCAGUUUGGAGACAGAGUCGCUGGAUUUCAUAGAGAAUCAAAAACUGCGACUCGAUGCAAACGACCUGAAUGGUGAAUCGGAAAAUAUGGAAGACGUUUGCGAGUGUGAAGAACAGAACGACCAGGAAAAACCCACAGAAGACGAUCCCCACAGCAAGACAGACGACGAUUACUCUAAGUGUGCUUUUUGUGCAUGGCUGGUGAUAAAUUGGAUAUGUGGAACUGAUCAAAACAGGGAGACUCUGUCGUCCCAUCAGAUUCAACGUAAGGACAUGUUGUCUAUACAGGAAAGUCGACGAUGGAAAAUAACAUCAAAUGUUCUAUCUGUUAUCCUUAUGCUGGUCGUAUUGGCUUUUUUCAUCAUCUUUGCUUAA